AAUUUUUCUUGUUCCCAUAGUGAUCCACCAUUUUGAGUUUCUGCGAGAAAGGUAAAAGAGCCCCAACAGAUUGAUAUUCAUUCCCAGGCACCUUAUCAGAAAUGUCCAAGGGAACAACAAUCAAGGAUGCUUUGGCAAAAUGGGAACAGAAACAUGAGAAAAAAGCAUCAGAAUCAGAGGAAGUCAAACUAUAUGCACAGUAUCCUCCAAUAGAGAAGAUGGAUGCGUCCUUGUCUACUCUUACAAACUGUGUGAAACUGUCCUUAUCCACAAACUGCAUUGAGAAAAUUGCCAACCUUAAUGGUUUACGGAAUCUGAAAAUUCUGUCACUAGGAAGAAAUAACAUUAAAAACCUUAAUGGCUUGGAAGCUGUAGCAGAGACACUUGAAGAACUCUGGAUAUCCUACAAUAACAUUGAGAAGCUUAAGGGCAUUGGUGUUCUCAAGAAACUGAAGGUUUUGUACAUGUCAAACAACCAAGUUAAAUCAUGGGAAGAAUUUCAGAAACUGGCCGAUCUUCCACAGUUAGAGGAUCUGUUGUUUGUUGGUAACCCUCUAGAAGAGAAACAUACAGCAGAUGGGGAUUGGAGAGACCAUGCCACAAAAAGGUUGUCAAAGCUGACAAAGUUGGAUGGAGUUCCUGUGGUCCGACAAGAUGAGGAAGAAGAAGAAGAACCUGCGUAAAAAACGAAAUGAAGAAACCUUUGACCUGUUCGCUCGCCAUCUUUGUGAAUAAUAUGCAAACGAACGCUGCAUGAUAAACAGAGAGUUAUUGUAACUAAGUAUAUUGUAUGGGUAUAUACAUGUAAAUAUGUUCAGCGUAAAGGAAACAGUUCAUGUAUUUCUCCAACUCAUUCGUCUUUUUGAUUAUUUUUUUUUUUCUGCCGCGAUAAGAUCUUAAAUCAACAAGACCUUAGUUGAAACACUUCAAAUCAUUUGUGUUUUUUUAAAAACCUACGUUUUUGCCCAUUGCAUUAUUUUCCUGUUGCAUUUUUUAUGACGAAAAAGUAGGCUUGAAAAGUAGAAACUACCCCUCAGUAUAAAUUGCCAAGAGUGCUAAACCAAUAACUGAAGGUUACUUCGAUAGCAUUCACUGGUUAAACGGCUCACAGAGAUGCACCUCUGCACCAGCAGUUUGCUAUGAUUUGCAUUUUGCAGUUAAAUUUUCUCCAAGGAAUUAGUAAUAUGACAUUAUAUUCCCGUCGAUUGUUUCUUUUUAACAUUGAAAUUUGAGUCAGUACGUUUAAUUGAGGUCACUCCCCCGAACCUUUUCAUGUUAGACCAGUAGAAUGUUUACUGUCCACACCACAACCUUUACCACAACAGAAACCCUUGACGAAUAGAAAAAAAUCAAAGAGAACUUUUGUUUUCUUAGCCUUAAAUGUGUGUUAAUUUAGAUAGUCUGUAAUUUUAACGCCCCCCCCCCCCCGACCUUUUACGGAAAACAGUUAACGCAAACUCAGUAGUCAGCACUUUGUGGUGGGGAGGAAAAGCUGACACUGGCAAGCUUUCCCUUGAUGCUCCCCAUUCUUACGUAAUGUCACGAUUCCCUUCCUGUGAGAGCAAAACUAACCUGCGAUUGUGCAGACUUUAGUUUUCGACUUAGAAAACUAUUAAUUAUAUUGUUUUUACAUACUGCUUUUACACACUCAAAGCCUUUCUUUCACAUUUGGCACUUGUCGGAGGAAACGAAUAGGCAGUCAGUUUUGCCGUGAAGUGGAAUCAUCAGUACAAAGCAAGCCAGAGCUCCAGGGGCUUUCAAAUAAAUUUACAUGUCCGCUUAUGGUGCGAACGACGAACACAUUCCAUGGCCGUUUUGUAGCGCAGACAAGGAUGAGAGUACAAAGCACGAUGUGCCUGUUCGAGUCACGCUCGGGCGAAAGAAGGAAGCAUUUAGAUUAACGGGACGAGGGAUGGUGAAGGGAGGGCGAAGGCUUGUUAAAAAACUUCAAACCAGCGCUGGACCUUAGGGUUUAAAGUUAACCUGAGUUACUGCCAUGACUUUCAGAAUUACCGUAAAAUAAAACUACGAAAGAAAAGGCAAACUAUUUAAUGAUCAAACGGAAAGAAACAACGGGAUAACGGUAACCAAGUAUUUAGUUGAGUGCGAGGUCGUAAGAUUAAGUUGGCAGCUUAUGUUCAAAAAGGAAGUUGUUUGUCGUUAUGGUGCUCAUUUGAGGAAAGAUGAUGCUAUCUUUAUGAUUAAACACUGUAGAGUUAUAAUAAUAAUAAAAAAUGAUAAUAAUAAUAAUAAUAAUGGUCUUUAUUAAAAGCAAUAAUGCAUCAA